UGCUCUAUGGAUAUAUUUCUAUCGUGUAUUCUUCUACAAAAAAGUACUAACAGUUCAUUGAUUGUAGCGGCAUUGACCCACAUGUGUAUUUUUACAAGGAUUCUAAAAUGAAACUAAAUGAAGCAAUAUCUCUACUAAAUCAAAAGUAAUUCCAUACUAGACCCAUACAUCAUAGAAUCCAGAUGCCGAAGUAUGCUCAGAUCGUGAUGGGACCGGCUGGUAGUGGAAAGUCCACAUACUGCAGCAACAUUGUGCGCCACUGCGAGGCAUUGAAGAGACGUGUAUUUGUUAUAAAUUUGGAUCCUGCAGCUGAAGUGUUUGACUACCCCGUAUUAGCAGACAUCCGUGAGCUGGUCUCAGUAGAAGAUGUCAUGGAAGAUGAAUCUCUCAGAUUUGGACCAAAUGGUGGUCUUGUUUUCUGUAUGGAGUACUUAAGCAGCAACUUUGAUUGGCUGGAAGAACAGCUGGACAAUGUUCUGGAAGAUGACUAUGUACUGUUUGACUGCCCAGGUCAGAUUGAACUAUACACACAUAUACCUGUGAUGCGUCAAUUAGUUGAGCGCCUAGAAACUUCAUGGAACUUCCGUCUCUGUGGUGUUUUUCUUAUGGACUCGCAGUUCCUUAUAGAGGGAGCUAAAUUUGUUUCUGGAAUAUUAACAGCACUGGCUGCUAUGGUGAAUCUUGAAAUACCGCAUGUGAAUAUUAUGUCAAAAUUGGACCUCCUCAGUAAACAGUCAAGGAAAGAAUUAGAUAGGUAUCUUGAGCCUGAUCUUCAAGACAUCCUGGACACUGAUAUGCCAUCUGGGUCUACAGCUUUCCAGAAACUCAAUUCUGCUUUGGCAACAAUGAUCAAUGACUAUAGUCUUGUAAAGUUUGUUGGAUUGGACCCGACAGAUGAAGAAAGUUUAAACGAAGCACUCAUGCAGAUUGACAAUGCAAUGCAAUAUGGCGAAGAUUUAGAACCAAAGGACACGCUGGAGGAGCUAGAGCCAGAAGAAAUACAGAAUGACUAUGGAUUAUGACCCAUGAAAGAUAUUUAAUAUCAGUAUUGGAUGUACAUUUUAAAAACUUGCUUAUGAUGUAUAUACAGUAGAUGUCAUAGUGUGUUUAUUUGGCACAAUGGAGAUGGAAUGGAUAUUGGACAGUGUGCAGGCCAAUAACCAGGGGGUUCAGGCGAAUCUCCCACCCCUGGCCCAGAAUUGUUCACCUUUUUGACCAAAUUUGUCAAAUGAACUC